AUGGGCAAACAACAACAACCCGCCUACGUCCUCGGCGUGGGCAUGACCAAAUUCAUCAAGCCCAGAGGCAAAGUCGACUAUCAUGAAAUGGGAUUCGAAGCCGGUGUCAAGGCCAUGCUUGACGCCCACAUCACCUACGACGACGUCGACCAGGGUGUAGCCUGCUACGUCUACGGAGACAGCACUUGCGGUCAGCGAGUGUUCUAUCAGUUUGGUCUGACCAAGAUUCCCAUCUAUAAUGUCAACAAUAACUGCGCAACCGGUUCCUCUGGUCUUGCUCUCGGUCGCACUAUUGUCUCUCAUGGCGCUGCGGAUUGUGUUCUUGUCGUGGGUUUUGAAAAGAUGAACCCUGGUAGUCUGCAGUCAUACUUUAACGACCGAGAAAAUCCGACCGGUCUGUUCGGAAUGAUGAUGGCUGAGACUCGUGGUGUGACCAAUGCCCCUGGUGCUGCUCAGAUGUUUGGUAACGCUGGCCGGGAAUAUAUGGAGAAAUACGGAGCUAAGGCAGAAGACUUUGCCGAAAUCGCUCGCAUUAACCACGAACACUCCAAGCGCAACCCAUAUUCGCAAUUUCAGGACGAAUAUACCCUUGAACAGGUCUUGAAAGCUCCCAUGAUCUUCGAGCCACUUACCAAACUUCAAUGCUGUCCUACCUCUGACGGUGCCGCGGCCACCGUCAUUGUCUCCCAGGCUUUCCUCGAUGCUCGCCCCCACUUGAAGUCGCAGGCUAUUCUGAUCGCUGGUCAGACCAUGGCUACCGAUGACCUGUCUCUCUACGACCGCAGCUCUAUCGACCUGAUGGGCUUCCAAAUGACCCGCCACGCCGCCCGGACCGCCUUGGCCGAGGCCAAAGUGGACGUCAAGGACGUCAAGGUCUGCGAAUUACACGACUGCUUCUCGGCCAACGAGAUGAUUACUAUUGACGCACUUGAGCUCUCCGCACCAGGAAAGGCGCAUGAAAUGGUGCGCAAGGGCGACAUUACCUAUGGCGGGCACAUGGUCAUCAACCCCUCCGGAGGUCUCAUUUCCAAGGGCCACCCUCUCGGCGCUACGGGUCUUGCUCAAUGCGCCGAGCUUGUAUGGCACUUACGUGGCUGGGCCAAUAACCGUAUGGUCAAGGGUACUUCGGCCGCUCUGCAACACAAUCUCGGUCUCGGCGGUGCUGUCGUCGUAACCGUCUACAAGCGCGCCGAUGGCAAAGAAGCUACCCCCGUGUCGGAUCAAGAAAUUGCUAAAGUCACUGGCCUUGGUUACAACCCUGCUGUUUCGGCAAAGGGUUUCACAGCAGCACAGGCCAAGUCGGUAUUGAGUAAGAAUAUCAGCGAGUAUGCUCAGGGUGACGUGCAGGAGAAGGUUCUUGCUCGUUUUUAG